CAUAUGCAUCAGCAUACCCACAUGGCGUCCCACCUAAUAAAACAUUUAAAUUUAAAUGGAAAUGAAAAUAAUAUGAGAGGAACGUAUCUACACACGCGACGUUUUUUCAUCAGUCCUUGAAGACACGUGGCGCGGGCUUAUUGCUUCGUGGAAUUAGGGCGAUUUGAUUCUUCCUGGUGAUUUCUCUGAAAAUUGGGUGAAGCAAAGGCUAAUCUGCCGUCAAUCGGUUGCAAUAGGAAGAGGUUUGUGUUCUUCCCUGGUUUCCUUCGUUUCCUUUGAUGAUUUUCUUUUUUUGAUGUAUUAUCUUUUUCUGUUUAAGGCGAUUGUUUAUGUGAUUCAAAAGUUUUGUUUCUGAUAUUUGAUUCGAUUGUUGUCUAUCUCUAUGUAUAUGUUCUCUUUGAUUUUAAUUUCGAAUUAGGGUUUCUUAAUAUGUUUAGGUUUUGGAUUUAGGGUUUCGAUUUAGGGAUUCGUUUUAGUUUUUAGGGGUUUUGCUUUAGGGAUUCGAUUUAGAUUUUAGGGGUUUUGAUUUAGGGAUUCGAUUUAGUUUUUAGGGGUUUUGAUUUAGGGAUUCGAUUUAGUUUCUCCCUGAUUUUAGUUUAUGAUUUAAUAAAUAUCUUAAAAUUGUUUCUAAUUCUUCGAAAUAUAUUUGGGGAUGCAGAUUGAUUGUUUUAUGUCGUAUUGCGCUUAUUUGUUGUGAAACUUGAUUGUUUUAUGUUAAACCGAGUUUAACAUUGCACUUGUUUGUUUGUUAUGAGUUUCCUUAGCCACACGUAAAGGAAGCCUCACAUAAAGAUAAAUCACAGAACAAGUAGCAAACAAUCUCCCUGUCAAAGGUAAAGUAUCCGAUGGGCCAAGACUACAGCUACUCUCAGCCUGAUUCCUCAGAUGAGUAUGAUAGAUAUUCGCAGGACACUGAGGAGAGGGAAGUAGAAGCUUUGAUUCGGAUGGAUGAGGCUGAGAGUAACUUACUCAACACUCAGGCGACUCUAUACCCUCCCCAACCUGAGGUUGAAUUCGGAUUCCCCAAGGUAUGUUACUGUGGUGGUCAGCCUAUUCUAUCCUCAAACGAGAACAGAAGGUUCUUCACAUGUGGGAAUGUUGAUGAUGGCGAUAUGCAUAUCCACAAGUGGUGGGAUGCAGCAGUCAUGGAGGAGAUAAGUGAGAUGAACAGACAACGUGAACUGCUGACGGAGAAGGUAGAUAGCAUCACAUUCGCGUGUGACUACGACUCACACAUCCGUAAUGAAACUGAGCAGAAAAUAGCCCAGUUAGAGAAGAUAGUGUUUGAGCAAGGGAAGAGCAGAAAUAAGUUUAGAUAUUAA